AUGCUCGAAAUUCUGGUUGAUCCUAAAUUUGAAACAUUACCAAUAGCUGUCAUAUCUUCCUUAAGUAAUUAUAAGUAUGAAGAAGAAGUGGUUCUAAUGUGGGGUACCAUUUAUAAAAUAAAUAGUUUCAUUUAUGAUGAAAGAAAACAAUUUUGGAUUAUCAAUAUCUCUUUAAGUGAUGAACUUGGGGAAACCAAACUCAAGAAUAUGGUUGAUUAUAUUAAACAUGAAAUCAAACAGGAAACCGACUUAGGUACAUUAGCUGAUUUAUUUUUUAAAAUGGGCGAAUUCGAAAGAUCUAAAAUGUACUACCUGAAAUUUAAUAGUCAAUUGUCAAAGGACGAUAUCAACAAAACGCGGGUGUUUCAAGGUCUCUAUGAAAUAGCUGAUGUUCAAGGAAACUAUAAUAUAUCUAUGGAAAACUACGGUGAGGCACAUAAAUGCUUUGAUCAACAAUUAAAAUUAUGUCAGAGUCUACCAAGUCAUCAUCCACAGUAUGGCAAAUGCUAUGAAAACAUUGCAAAUCUAUAUGAUAUUGAAGGAGAAAAACGAUCGGCAUUGGUACAUUAUGAAAAGGCUUACGAAAUCUAUAUAAAAUCACUUCCAGCAUACCAUCCCGAUACAACCAAAGUAGAACAAGCUAUUGAAAACUGCCGCUUACCGACAAGACCUUUCGCGGAUAUCGAAGGUACUAGUUAUUAUCCACACGAACGAGAAAUCUUGUUUAUGCUUGGUUCAAUAUUUCGCAUUGAUCAUAUUGACUACGAUGGAGAAAACCAACUAUGGAUAAUAAACAUGAGCUUGUGUAGUGAAGAUGACUUCGAAUUGAAAGAAUUGUUUGCAUAUUUAAAGAAAGAUAUUGGCUACGAGAUAUCUAUGACAACCUUGUGCAAUGUUCUACUUCAAAUGGGUGAUUAUGAUAAAGCCGAACGAAUUUUUCUACGAAUGGAUCAUCAAGAAGGACUUAUUAGUGUAGCGGAACUGAAAGGAAACUUUUAUUUAGCAAUAAAACAUUACGACCGUUCGAUUGAAUAUUACAAACAAUCAUUAGAACUUCGACAUAAACUACUUCCUCAAUCACAUCCAGAUAUUGGUAAGAGUUACAGUGCGAUUGCGAUGGCAUAUGAAUUUUCAAAACGCUAUGUAAAAGCUGUUCAUAAUUAUCAACGCGCUAUUGAGCAGUAUAAGCGUACAUUAAGAAGCAAUCAUCCAUUAAUUAUACAGACCAAUAACAAUUUGCUAAAACUCCAGCUCAAAACAGAUUGACUUAUCUCUUAACGAAGAAAACAAUAUCAAUCUCCUAGCUCCCAGCUCUUGUUUCUCAGCAACCGAUAUUAGUCUUUUUUUCCAGGAUAAUUUGUGCUAAAAAUGAAUUCUGUUUUUGAAAUUCAAAAUAAAAUGCAGAGUUCAAUUUUCCCCGACGCGUUUCGUGUUAGUU